AGCUACAGGAGGCCAGUCGGAGCUCGUUUAUUUCCGAGUUCCCAGUUGUUUUGAACGCGACAAUAGUCCACGCACUUUGAAAAAUGUAUUAAUUUCUACACUAUCACUGUAAUGUAGUGCAUGUAACGAAAAGCUAGAUCGAUCCUUCAGUAAAUGAACAGGAAAUCUACACGGAAGCAGUUUACCCCGGCCAACACUCAGUGCGUCACACAAAGCACUGUGCGCAGAGUUCCAUUGCCUUUGUACACAAAACACCCAUUGAAUUAUUCAAAUAAUCGUUGCUGAGGACGAUUUUUCCCCCAAUCACUCACAGACGAAGUUAUUGGCAGUGUUCGAGAGGAUCAAAACAGCAAUUUAUCAUGGCUAAAUUGACUGAAUGAUCUACAAAUAAUAAUUAGUCUGUAUUUAUGAUGCAAGGUGAUAUGUAGAUCAGUCAGCCUGCAGUCGUUUUUAUGCUCGCGCUGCUCCCUCGGCGCACUGAGUGCUAGUGCGCAUGUGAUGUUGGUCCGUAUAAACCGGAUGCAACCCGCCAACCCGGAUAUAAACGGUCAAUGAAUCGGCGUAUGCGAACGUGGGUAGAUUACCUCAAACAACGGUCAGACAUCUUUUGGACGCAGUCUCCAGUUAAUAUUAUACCGCAGCGUUCCAUAGCGGAAAGAGGAGCCAUGAUGUCACUGACAUAGGCCGCCAAUUCUGAUCAAUCCUGUACAUUAAAUUGGAAAUAAUAAUCGAAAGUGUGGGUUGAAGCUGGUUGCCGCCAACAUGUCGAAAGACUGUUUUCAAACCCAGUUCGCCUUUGUUAUGGAGAGUGUAUUGAAGAAUGCAGUCACUGAGACAACGAAACUUUUCGAAACAACUAUUGAGGAACUGCGAGCCGAAAUAUCCAGAAUAAAAGAAGAGAACGAGUACCUCAAAUCGAGGCUUCUAUCCCUCGAAAAAACGAAGAGAUCGACUGGUGAAAGUGAAAGCGAAAGCCAAACCGCAGAGCCCAGACCGAGUCAAAGAACCACACUUAUCGGCAAACGUGACAUUGGCGUUCAGUGCGUUCUGACAGCGCACGCGUUGCCUUGGGCUGGGGUGCAGCAACAGCGCGAGGAGAACCAGGGGACGGAGCUGCACCGUGGGGCCCACGACGAGGAGGGAAACCCACAGACUGCCUUAGCACCACAGGAAGUGGACUGGACUACCUCAGGAGCCGCAGUGGCCCUCCUCCAGGGAGAUCCAGACACCCAGGAGGCCCCCCAGGCUCUCAGCCCAUCCCAGCCCAGGACCAGAGGGGUUACCAGGGGCAGUGCAGGGCAGGACCAGGCCCCUGGAGGAGAACAGCAGUCACUGGUAAUACCAGCAGCAGAGUCUCCAUCAACAUUACACCUGACAGCAUCUUCUCAAUCACCAGCCACUAUCCAGUCUACAUCAACUGUCCUGUCGACUGUAAUGGUCCAGUCCACGGUAACUACUCUGUCAAAAGAAACUGUCCAAACGACCGCAGCGGUCCAGUCUACCGUAACGGCGACAGCAGCAGCGUCAGAGCGCCCGCCACCUGUCCUCUCCGGGUUACCCAGUACCCCUCUUCAGGAUACACAGCCCAGCCUCGUACCCCCUUGUCCACCCCGACCUCCUCGAGCACCACCAUCACAGUCUCACACAGACGUACUACCUGUAGCUCGUCCAAUAGUAGUGCCCUCAACACAACCAGCUAGGCCUACAGCCGUACCCGAUGGACCACCGGCCGCACCACCAACACAACCGCCUACGGUUUUGGAGCAGUCGGGUGUUGGCACGGCAACAUCGUUAACACCACCGGUCCAGUCCUCUCCGUCUCCGACUGAGUUGACAGAACCUUCCGGCACCCCUGAAAAGCAGGCGUCAUUGGUCACUGAGCAUGUGCAACGCUCCUCCACCGUGCCACCUCCGAAGUCACCUGCUGUCCCAGAGACGUCUGAUGAAGCCCCUCUACAGCCGUCAGCCCCUGCUGUAACCACACCCUCACCCUCUGGCCCCUGUCAAAUGUCUAAGACACAGUUUUUAGCUCAGUUGUCAGUAGUACCCCUAGUACGCACCCCGCCGAGGGUGGAGGAAGAUGAGGAGGGGGAGAGGCUUUCCCCCCUCCCUGCCAUGUCUACGGAAGCUGUGAUAACCAGGUCUGUCGCUACGGAGACGACUCCCGCCAAAGAGACUAAGGAGGAGAUUGUUGUCCAGGUAGGCGGCCGCCGAAAGUCAAGUCCACGUGAAGCGAUCCUCUCUGGUCUCCGCCUCCGCUUAAGGCCCCGCCCCAGGACAGCGCGACAUCUCCCGUGGUUGCUAAGAAACCCAGAGGAGAUAGAACCGCCCCUCUAGACCACGACUACUCAAAGGUGAUGCAGAACGGAGGAGAAAAGUCCAGUGAAUCACACGUUGACCAGGAUGUAGUAGAGGACACCACUAACGGUGUGACGGCUGACGACAAGUCUACUGGACAAGGAAGUAGUAACCAAGUCAUCAGUGAGGAAGAGGGAGGAGCUAACACUGAUGUGACCUCCCCGACUAGACAGUCACCUAUUGGUGGAGGAGGAGGCGUGUCCAAAUCCAAGAAGAGAAACAUGACCUGGGUGCAGGCUCAGAGACUAUUGGCCCUAGCCCAGGCUAAGAGGAGUAGGUCAAAGGUCACCAAGACCUCCCAGAGAGGUCUGAGGUCAGAGCUAAGAGGUCUGGUGACACAGUUUCUGCCUUCCAACCCACAGCGCCGCCUGUCAUACAGCCCCAGCCCUCACGCUACCUCCACCUCCAGCCCACGCCGCACCAGUCCUCGCCAGGCUACAAGGGCGGACACAAACCCUUCUCCUGCCACCGCUCCUCACUCACAGCCUCACCAGUUCAAAGUUACUUCCACCACCUCUCGUCGCGGAAGACCUCGUUCAGGGGCCGUGGCGGCUUUAAAUUUGAAACGGUCUCCCUCCAACCCUCAACCUAUCCCCUUCAUUGUCAAAGUCAGCCCUCGCUCCGGAUUCAAGAAGUCCCCCCAGUGCAUGCUGACGUUAAAGCAGGGGCGCCGAUACCGCCAAUCACAACCGAUGUGGUCACCGCCGGGACCGUUCCAGCACCAACAGUCUCCCCAGUCUCCACGGAAACGUCUCGCCAAGAACCAGUGUGCAGACUGCGGUCGUGUCCUGAGCAGCGGCGCUGCUUUAGAGAGCCACGCCUCCCUCCACACGGGGAAGCGCCCGUUCGCCUGCUCCGCCUGCGGCAAGGACUUCCCCAACCUCAAGGGCCUCAACCGCCACGCCCGCGUCCACGGCGACCAGCGGGGCCACCAGUGUCCGCAGUGUGACAAGACCUUCGUCUACCGCUUCGGCCUGACCAAGCACGAGCAGGUGGUCCACAGCGGCGUGCGUCCGUUCGUCUGCCCGAUCUGUGACAAACGCUUGAUCACCCGGCGUGACCUGGAGACGCAUAUCCGCGUUCACACUGGAGAGAAACCAUUUGCCUGUUCCCUCUGUGUGAAGCGGUUCAAGAGGCGUGUGGAGCUGAAUGUUCACCUGAUGUGGCACAACGGGGAGAAGAGACACUGGUGCUCAUACUGCGGGAAGGGAUUUCUGGAUUACAAUAAUCUGAAGAGCCACAAACUGGUCCACACAGGGGAGAAGCCCUACACCUGCUCUGAGUGUGGCAAGUGUUUCAAACAGACUGGCCAUCUGAAGAAACACCUGAAGACCAUACACAAACACAGAUAGGGAGGGGACGAGUCUUAAAUGGCACCCUAUUCCCUAUAUAGUGCACUACUUUGGACCAGAUAGUGUCAGGCCCUGGUAAAGUAGUACACUAUCCAGUGAGGGAAAAAAGUAUUUGAUCCCCUGCUGAUUUUGUACAUUUGCCCACUG